AUCGUAAUCGGUCAGUACUACACCGUGUCGCCAGCUCUGAUAGCGCCAGUGCUUGAUCGUCGCCAUCAUAUAAACGUUUCGACGGAACUUUCGACAAUAACGUCAAAUGACUGACUGGAACCUACCGGUCUGUUGUGUCAGCGAUGUUUCGUGGACAACAGGAAUAUGUUUGGAUUCACGCCUUUCUCUUGCUGUGUCUUUGUAACCGGUCUGCCUCUCAGUUAUCCUACUCGAUUUCCGAGGAGGGAAACAAAGGCACCGUGGUGGGGAAUAUUGCAAAGGAUCUGAAUAUCAACACACAGGAACUAGAGACGAGAGAUCUACGUAUUGUUUCGAGUUACAGUAAGAAAUAUUUGGAUGUGAAUCUACGGACCGGGGUUCUCUUUGUUAAUGAGGGGAUUGACAGAGAGGAGCUUUGUCAGAAUAUAGAAAAAUGUGUUUUGAGAGCACAAGCUGUUUUAAACGACCCAAUGACUGUACACCGCAUUGAAGUAAAUGUUUUGGAUAUAAACGACAAUUCACCUGUAUUUAUUGAACAGACUUACUUAUUGAAUAUAUCAGAGUCGUCGUUAGCAGGAGAGCGAUACCCGCUCCCAGCAGCAGUAGAUGCAGAUGUAGGAAGCAAUUCCGUUAAGACGUACAAGCUGAGUCAAAAUGAACAUUUCUCGCUUGAUGUGCAGAGCGGAGGAGAGCACGGGGUGUCCGCUGAGUUAGUCCUGCAAAAAGCUUUAGAUCGGGAGAAACAGUCGGCUAUUACACUCCUCUUAACAGCUGUAGAUGGAGGUAAACCUCCCAGGUCGGGGUCGUUACAAAUUAAUAUAAAUGUCAUAGAUGUUAAUGAUAAUGUACCCACUUUUAGCAAAUCACUUUAUAAAGUCCGUGUAAAUGAAAAUGUUGCACCAGGGACUAUGGUAAUAAAGUUGAAUGCCACAGAUUUAGACGAGGGCAUGAACAGUAAGAUAGUGUAUUCCUUGAUCAAACUAGGCAACGUUGAUCCAUCAAUUAUCUUUGACUUAAAUUCAGAAAGUGGAGAAAUCGCCGUAAAGAGUGCUUUAGAUUAUGAAGAAACUCCUGCUUAUGAGAUUAGAGUUAAAGCAAUGGAUCAAGGCCCCGUUCCCCGUGGUACUCAUACAAAAUUACUAAUAGAGGUCAUCGAUGUCAAUGAUAAUGCCCCAGAAAUAUCUGUGACUUCACUUAUGACCCCUGUAAAAGAAGAUGCAGAACUGGGGACAAUCGUUGCUUUGUUAACCGUGAGUGAUAAAGAUGGAGGAAAUAACGGGUUAACUAACUGCAAGGUACUGGGGUCGGUUCCAUUUCAACUAAAGUCUAACUAUAAAAACGACUAUUCAUUAGUAGUAGAUGGACCGCUGGAUAGAGAACACACCCCGUUUUACAAUGUAACUAUUACAGCAACUGAUGAAGGAAGUCCGCCUCUAUCUAGUAUCAGAAUCAUUACUGUUCAUGUUUCUGACGUCAAUGACAACGCACCUCAAUUUACAAAGCCUGUGAUUAACGUGUAUGUGAAAGAAAAUAGUCCAACAGGCUCCAAUGUUUACAAAAUAACAGCCUAUGAUGCCGAUUUGAAUGAUAAUGCUAAAAUGACUUACACACUGUUAGACAGUUAUCAAAGGAAUGUUCCGGCCUCAUCACUUUUAAACAUCAACUCAGAAACAGGAGAUAUAGUCAGUUUACAGUCUUUUAACUAUGAGGAGUUAAAAACGUUUCAGUUUAAGGUUCAGGCCACAGACUCUGGUGUUCCUCCGCUCAGUAGUAACGUCACCGUUAACGUUUUUAUCCUGGAUGAGAAUGACAACAGUCCCACAAUCCUGGCUCCUUAUUCUGAACACGGUUCCGUUAACAGUGAGAACAUUCCCUAUUCUGCUGAAGCGGGAUACUUUGUGGCAAAGAUCAGGGCCGUAGACGCAGACUCUGGAUACAAUGCACUGCUUUCUUAUCACCUCUCGGAACCCAAAGGAAACAGCCUGUUCCGGAUCGGAACCAGCACCGGCGAAAUCAGGACUAAGAGGAGGAUGAGUGACAAUGAUCUGAAAACUCACCCCUUGGUGGUGUUGGUUUCGGAUAACGGAGAACCCUCCCUGUCAGCUACUGUGUCUAUUGAUGUAGUGGUGGUUGAAAACACAGCUGACAUCCAGACUCAGUUCAGACAUGUACCCAUAAAGGAGGAGAGCUUCUCUGAUUUAAACCUGUAUCUGCUGAUCGCCAUUGUGUCAGUGUCCGUGAUCUUUCUGCUGAGCCUCAUCACUUUAAUAGUGGUCAAAUGUCACAGGACAGACGGCAGUUUCAGCAGGUACAGCGCCCCCAUGAUCACCACCCACCCUGACGGGAGCUGGUCUUACUCGAAAUCUACUCAGCAGUAUGACGUGUGUUUCAGUUCAGACACACUGAAGAGUGACGUAGUGGUUUUCCCCGCCCCGUUUCCACCUGUAGAUGCUGAACUGAUCAGUAUCAACGGAGGAGACACUUUUACAAGAACUCAGACUUUACCCACUAAAGAAAAGAUGCUGAACUGAUCAGUAUCAACGGAGGAGACACUUUUACAAGAACUCAGACUUUACCCAC